UGUUUUUGUAAACCACCGUCGAUGAGCGAUCGGAGUCUGAAAAAGUCUCUCUCCGGAAAAAGCAACCGCCUCGUUGGAGAUGCCGACGAGAAUUUGGAUCUCUUCUCAGUCAACCGUGGUGACCUGACUUCUUUUGAUCUAGUUUUGCUUAAACCAGGAAGACAUUCUUUCGAACAAGCUAAAAUUGCUAAGCCUGAGGCAGAUGAUGAAAAGAAACAUGGCAAUGACCCGCUUUAUACUAUUCCUGAAGUUCCAUUGGGAACUCUUUCUAGAUUGGUUCUAGAAGCUAGAAACGUAACCUCCAAGCUUCAAUCCAUUUCUACGAUAAAGACUGGUUCAAGGAGCGAGAGCGAUCCAUCUUCAAAACCAACUCGAAGCAAUUCAACAAUACGUCCCUCAAACAUUCCAACAUUUCGUCCCUCCAACAUUGGCCCCACCUUUCCCACUGUCAGAUCUUCUUCAGCCCCCCAGAAGACAACAACAGCUUCAGCUCCAGCUCCAGCUUCGGUUUCAUUUCCAAAAAGAUCUGUCUCUCGGUCAUUAACUCCUGUAUCACGCAAAACACCAUCAAGAUCUUCAACUCCUUCAAGAAUCAGUACUACAACUACUUCAACAAAUCCUUCCUUUAAAAAAGGUGGAGAUGCUCAAAGAUCAAGAUCGUUGACUCCAAGGUCAAAGCCUCAGAUUUCAGCAAACUCAGCUACACCUUCAAGUAGCACCAAUGUGCGUUCUACGUCUGUGUCAUCACGCCCAUCAGUUUCAGCAACACCUCGAACACCGCCAAGAGUAAAAGAAACAACAGUCACUCUAGCGUUUGGUAGACCAGUGGUAACCACAAAUUCGCCAAAACGGAACACCUCACCUGAUGUUACAAGAACGAGGCCUAAAGGGCACUCUGCUUCUUCUUCACAUACACCAGCAAGUCCCAAGUCUGUGAAGUCAACUGCAACUGUUGCGGAUUCAACGAGGUCUGGAAGAAAACUGUCAAAAGCUUCAGUUCAAAUUGCUAACAAUCACUUGGAUGUGUCACGAAAUGGGAAAGUGGGGACAAAUCCGUUUUUGAGUACAAUGUUGUACCCACACAGCAUAAGAUCUUCUUCUUUAAGAAACCGGUACUGUGGUAGUAGUGAAGGAAGCAGCAGCAGCAACAACCAGGAAGAGGAAGAAGGAAAAAGCUUAACGAAAGAAGGAGGCACGGAGAAGAACGAUAGUGCGCGUUACGACGCACUCUUGAAUGUAAAAGAUGUGAAGGAUACUAACUGGCUACUUAACCUUGAUGAUGAAUCUAAUCAUUCUCUCAUCUUCGACAAUGCUUUCGACUCUCCUCCUGAGCCAUUCUCUCCUCUUUGAGUCUUUUUUUUUUUCUAUUUGUUUAGUUUUAAACUCUAAAACAAGAGUUGCUUAAUAAAUAAUCCUAAUUCACUCCUUUCUUUUAUGCGAUGAAAGAAGGGAAAAAAAAAGAGAGGAUUGUUCUACUCGUUGGGGUCUUUGUGUUCUUGGAGUGUUUUCUUGUAUUGAUUGACAAAAAUAUACAGCUUUGAGCUUGUGUUCUUUUGCUCAACAUAUUUUUGCAAGAAAAGACUGUGGAAUUACCGGUAUUGCGAAAUUCAAAUUAAUUGAAGUGUAAGCUCGGUUGUAGUUUACCUCGUAUGAUUAAUAU